CAAAUCACAAGAUACAAAUUCCCUCGAGGAAAGAGAGAGAUAAAGAAAAUGGUAUUCUCCUCCAACCCAUUAGCUCUGAGCGUACCCGACCCGGAUUUUGAGUCUUGGCUCCGAAACAAAGGCUACCUCGAAAUCCUCGACCAACGCACCUCCGACCUCCACCGUCUUUCCACCUCCACUUCCGCCGCCGCCGCCGUACGAUCCUCCCCCUCUUCCUCCUCCUCCAUCACCAUCGCCACCACCACCACCAUCAUCCCCUAUGGCCUCUUUAUCUCCCUCUUUUCCCACUUAAAAACUCUUUUCUCUCUCCUCACUCUCAACCCCUUCUCUAAGCUCACCUCCGACGACUUUUCCGGCGACAUCCCUUCUUGGACCAACGCUUUUAUUGGCUCCUUCAACUCCUACUCCUUCCCCACCUCGCCUGCCCAGGCCCGCCUUCGAGCCCACGAGAAUGUUAAACGCUUUGCUCGCAAUUAUGCCUCCCUCUUCAUCCUCUUCUUCGCUUGCUCUCUGUAUCAGAUGCCGCUUGCUCUUGUGGGGUUGAUAGUGUGCUUGGCACUUUGGGAUGUGUUCAGAUAUUGUGGUGAUCGAUGGCAACUAGACCAAUAUCCUGUUUUUAGACAGACCUUGGUUCGCAUUGCACAAUGUGCAACUGCAGUUAUUCUAUUCUUCUCCAAUGUUCAAGUAACCCUCCUAUGCGCUCUUAGUGUAAGUUAUGCAGUCUUGGUUUUGCAUGCUUCGUUAAGAAAACUUACCCCAGGAAAACAAUCUACGCCAAGUGACAGAAACAGGAGCAGCAGUAAAAGAUGAGGAGAAACGAUGAAGUGUUGAAGAUUACUGUCUGUACAUUGUAGCUGGCCAGACUGCCCGGAUCAUAUCUGCUUGCUGAACCUAUUAGCUAUAUGUCCCGCAGAUACUAGCGUCCAAUUUUAUCAAAUCACAGACUAGGUUCAGUUCAUCUGUUCUUUUCUACCUUUCUCUUCUCACGGGUACUUAGUUAUUGACUAGUUUACCGUAGAAAGACGAAAAUGGAGCCUUUUGUCAGUCAUUCCCAUUCCCAUUAUAACAACUUCUUUUAGGGGGUGCUUGUUUCACAAAUUGGAAUCGGAAAUGGAAAUGAAAUCAUAGACUCUGGUUUUGGAAUUAAA